ACUAUAGUCAAUUGUUGGAUUUUACAAAUGAAUCAUAUUGUAAAAGUCUUUUCAUUAUGUAUGGCAUAUUUAUACAUAGUAGCAAUUUUUUAUUAAAUAUGAUUUUGAUUGCUAAUGAGACCUAUUGUAUAAAUAUGCCAACAAAAUUUUAUCUAUUUAAAACUAUAUUGACUUCCAUAACUUGAAAAAGUCACAAGUAAAAAAAAUUUUACAUGCAUUUUGAUUCAGAGUCAGUGAAAUUUCUUUUAUUAAACUUUCUUGUAACUUCAGUCAAUUGCAAGGUUUUUGUUAGAACAUCUGUGGAUAGAUAACCUGUGUGUGUAUGUGUAUAUAUAUAUAUAUAUAUAUAUUAUACGUCAAAUUCAGCAAACAUUAAAUGAAGAAAUAAUCAUUCUAUCCAAUAAUUUAAAUGACGAUAGCCAAAUAAAAUUACAGAAACAAAGCUUACACAGCUUGCAAUGUGUUUAUAAAUGUUUAAGAAAAUUGUCUUCAAUGCUAUCGAUGGAUAAUUAUAUGGAAAGUUUUACAAAAAUUGAUGUUUUAGAACAAGCUACAGCAGAACUGAAUCAUUUGAAAUUUAAUGCAUCCAGAUGCAGAUCAGAUAUCUCUAUAGAUCAGCAGACAGAAAGCAAGAAAUUAGAAGAUCUCUUAAUAACGCAUCUGAAUGAGUUAUUUUUAGUUUGUAUACAUGAAAAAGAUUCUAAUUUAUUAAUUCGUUGUUUGAGAAUAUAUAUUAUGCUUGAUAAUGUUACAACUGCAGAAUUAGUAGUAAGAAGAGACGUUAUUAGUCCAAUUAUAAAUAAUAUACUUCAAGACGAAGAUUCACAAACUGAAUUUAAUAAUCUUCAAAGUAUUUACAAUAGAUUAUUAAAUAUUUUAAGCGGAGAACUCAAACAACUUUUAGACAUCACAUUAUACUCCAAUAGGAUACAAGUAAAGGGUUUUAAUUUCUUGGUAAAUAGUUUUUGGAUUGAAAUAGAAGAAAAAAUUGAUCAGCAAUUGAAAUAUAUUUUUGCACCUGGAAAUCCUGAAUUGUUCCAUAAAAGAUAUACAGAAACAAUGUGGUUUCGAAAAAAGCUGGAAGAAUUCUAUGAUGUACCUGCUCAUAUAAGCAUAUUGAAAGAUCAUCUACAAUAUAAAAAUUUUCUUAAGAAAUGGAAUCUACCAGUUUAUUUCCAAAUUCGUUUUCAAGAAAUAGCCGGUACAGUCGAAACAGCAUUUAAAGAGUCUAUUUCACCUGAAUUGAUUAAAGGAUCUGCAAAUAUUCUAAUGCUAGAAGAAUUUUCUCUUUACACAACGUCUAUCGUCUGGAAUUGUUUGUACAAGAUAUGGUCUGAAAAUAUAUAUCUAUCUCAACUUUUUCAAGAAUUUUGGAAAUUGACUCUGCAAGUAUGUUCAAGAUAUCAAACAUGGGCUUGCACAGCAAUAAGACAAAAGUGGCAAGAAAGUAAUAAGCCUGAAAGUAUAGCAAAUAAUAAUCGUUAUACUAAAUUGGAUUUCUUGAUAUAUUUGUAUUGUGAUGUAGAAAAAUUUGUGAAUGGAUUACCAAAUCUCCUACGGAUAGUGCAGUUAAAAAAUCCAAAUCAAAAUCCUGCUACAUUUAAAUUAUUAGAAGAUUGUUUGACUGAAACAUCUAAAACAAUUACAAUGAUUUUACAACUUACUACAGAAGAAAUUGUAAAUGAACUUAUAAUGCAUUGUGUGAUAUACUUGAAACAAGUCAGUGACAUUCCAAGAUUAUAUAGACGGACGAAUAGAGAAGUACCUACUAAACCUUGUGCAUAUGUUAAAAAUGCAUUAAGUUUUCUGACUAAUUUUCGUACUAAUUAUAAUGACUUUGUACCAACGAAUGUUACCAUAUGGUUGCAAUUAGCACUGUCUUUGUUAACAGAAUGUUAUUUAACGUCUGUAACAGAUGUAUUGACAUCUGUUCAAAAAACUGAAGAGAGUUUAAGAAGAUUGAAAAAAAUACGUGAUAAAUCGACAGGAGUGCUUACAUCAGAUGCUCAAGGAAUUAGCGAUGAUGAAAAAAUUCGUAUUCAAUUACAAAUUGAUGUAAAUGCAUACAGUGCAAUGAUUACUGAACUCGAUGUACCAGUUUCAGAUAUAUCUCAUUUACAAGAAUUAUCGCAAGCUGUUGAAGCAGCUCUAAAAAAAUAAUAUUUUAGAACUAUUCAUCACCUCUUGCUUGACUUAUGUGACUUUAGCGACGGGUGUAGGAAGAAAAAAAAUAAAAUCAUAUUAAGAGAA